UUGGGGCUACUCUUCUUCAUAACCCUUUUGAGUUUUGGCACUCUUAUUCUUUUCAUCGUGUAUAUAAAUGUAGACAUGUUUAUCUUUGGGCUUUUUACUUUUACAGACAAGCUUCAAUUUGCUUUAAAAACCCAUUCCAUGAAACUAAAUGAGCCAACGAGAUAUAUGGAUAAAAGUAGCUGGAAUAUUCGAAAAGUUAGCAACUUGCAGUUCUGAGAAUUUAGAUAUGAAGAAAGAUUGUUGCAUUCAGGGGCCGCUGAGAGAGGAAUUCACCUUUUCCGCUGCUUCUGCUCCCUUCAAAAGUUGUCAUUCCUCUACUAUUGUCGAGGUGGAUAAAGAUCAUUUUUUGGCUGCUUAUUUUGGAGGUACUUCUGAAGGAGCACCUGAUGUGAAAAUUUGGUUGCAGAAAUACAAGGAUGGCUGCUGGUAUCCACCUGUUGCUAUUGAUGAAGAACCCAAUGUUCCAAUGUGGAACCCUGUGCUAUUUAAACUUUCAUCUGAGGAAUUGUUGUUAUUCUAUAAAAUAGGCCAGGAGGUUCAAAAGUGGAGCGGAUGCAUGAAGCGAUCAUAUGAUAAAGGUGUUACUUGGACAAAGAGAGAGCAACUUCCUCCUGGCAUAUUAGGACCUUCUAAGAACAAGCCUAUCUUGCUGGAAAAUGGACUUUUGCUCUGUGGAUCAUCUGUAGAGAGUUGGAAUUCUUGGGGGGCUUGGGUUGAGGUUACGGCAGAUUCUGGUAUAUCCUGGAAGAAGUAUGGCCCUAUAUAUGUUGAAAAUAAAUCUCUCAGUGUGAUUCAACCAGUUCCUUUCCUUACUGCAAAAGGAACAUUGCGUGUUUUGUUGCGAUCUUUUGAUGGAAUUGGUAAAGUUUGUAUGUCAGAAUCCAAUGAUGGUGGCCGUAACUGGGAUUAUGCAAAACCUACUGAGCUUCCCAACCCAAACUCAGGUAUUGAUGGGGUUAAGCUGAGGGAUGGUCGUAUCUUACUUGCUUACAACACUAUCUCAAGGGGUGUGCUUAAAGUUGCAUUGUCCGCAGAUGAUGGUGAUUCAUGGCAGGAAGCUUUGACACUGGAAGAGAAUUUGGAAAUGGAAUUCUCUUAUCCAGCUGUUAUUGAGGCUAGUGAUGGAUCUGUUCACAUCACUUACACAUAUAAUAGGACCCAGAUUAAGCAUGUUAUCCUUCAACCAAAUUGAUUCAGUGAUAUAUAAUUUCCUCCUCAGCCAGGAAAAUAAAAGGGGAUGUGGGAUCAGCAUCCCAGAGUGAGAUGAUGUCAAAACCGAAUCGCCUUGUGAAUAAGUGAACAUUUUCGCUGAAUCAGCCACGUUACCACGCAUUUAAUCAAGCAUUCAGGUUUUGUUCCUACCGUUUUCCCACGGAUGCUGAAGAAGGCAGCCAACUCCACUACUACCAAUUAUUGAAUUUGUUACCUACCAAGAACAGUUACUGUCUCUUAAAGCAGUUCCCCCACAUUUCUACCAGUCAUUAACAUCAUUAUAUACAUGUUAACAUCAUCCAAAUGGUAGUCUCUCAUACAUUACGUGUAUCACAUGUAACAUUAAGAUCGAACGGUCACAAAACUCACGUUUUCCCCAACGAUUUUCAAGAAUCGCAUCCAUUGAUCGAGUUUCCCUCUUCAAAUUCCGCGUGACAAGAAUUUCAAGAAAAAAAAUUGGUUAGCAAUUGAUUUAUUACUUGAUAUAAGGAUCAAAUGUUAAGAGAAGACUAGACAAUUGAUGAUUUUGUCCCUUUCCAUCAAAUUCUUUUUUCUAGUCAACUACUCCAUUAUGCUGACAUUAAACUAUUCCAUGUGAAUUCCUGCUUUGCAAUCAACAGAAAGGACAAAAUAAUACGCAUCUAAUUGUUUCAUACAACUAGCUAGACCUAGUGGCCUAACAUGGGUGACAAAGAAUGUGACUACUUUGUUUUUGUUUUCUUUUGUAUUUCUUAGACAAUGCAUAGCAUUGCCAAACGCAGAAAGGUAUGAAAUGAAACGUCGAUUCUUUUUUCAUUUUUAUGACGAGA